UUACUAGGAAUGGGCAAGGCGGCCUGAGCUUUGCGGCGCCAGGGCCAACUUGGGCGGAAUCCGGGGACUAAUAAUUUAUCACCGAAUUCAACCAGUUAUUUAACAACUUCGGGAUUUUCCUGACAAAGCUUCUUCCUUCGGCGACAUUUCCAUGACUUAAUGAACUAACUGGUUAACUACUGCGCAUCGCCUUAGUAAUUUGGCCGCUCCGGUUUUGUGCCGUGUAUCCAUUCGACCUGUACAGUUUCUCUCUUACGUUCUUUUGUUUCAAAUCUAUCUACUUAGCCUGUCUGAGGGAUCCUUUCGUUAUUGAACUACUUACCCCGAUCAUCACUACCCCACGACAGAACACAGAUCAUGGCGGAGAUUCUGGAAGAACAGAUGGAAGCUCUGCGCCAGCAGCAGAAGCGCAACCAAGCUCCAGCUGGUCCUUCGUCUGGAAAGCAACAGGAUGGAAACCAAAACCAGGACCUGCCCAAGGGCGUUGUCCUGGAUAAAGAUGGAAAGCCAUGCCGUCUCUGCACCUCCGCCGCAUCCUGGAAAGCCAUGGCAAAGAAAGCCGCCGCAUCCUCCUCUACCGCUACCGCUGCUGCUGCCGCUACCGCUACUACAUCCACGACAUCAACCACACCGUCUACAUCUACUUCCACUCCCUCAGCAACUCAGAACGAAUGUCCUCCUGAUGUCGAAGCGCUAGGCCGAUCCACGUGGACUCUCCUCCACUCCCUCACAGCCGCGUACCCUAGCACAGCGUCGCCCGAACAGCAGACGGAAAUGAAGUCUUUCCUAGGUCUCUUCUCGCGCCUGUACCCGUGCUGGGUGUGUGCGGACGACUUCCGGACGUGGAUGGCCGAUCCCCGGAAUGCACCGCGGUUGUCGGGACGAGGGGAGUUUGGAAAUUGGAUGUGCGAGGCGCAUAAUGCUGUGAAUCGCAAAUUGGGCAAGCCGGAGUUCGAUUGUCGGUUCUGGGAGGAGAGGUGGAGGACGGGUUGGAAGGAUGGACGUUGCGACUGAGAAGUUGGCCCGCGGGGGGGGUAUUAUGAACACGUUUGUAAGAUAUGGGUCUCAUGGUUCAUGGUCGUAUACGGACAUUGGCGUCAUUGCAUUGCAUGGGCGGCUGCACAUCUCUCUACUCUAGAAACAGCGCGUUUACUCUAUGAAUAUGUACUACUAUAGAUGAUCAAUGCAUUUUUUC